UUUCCCUUGCCAUUGCCAUUGCCUUCUACCGCUAUUCUCCAUUAUUUAUUCGCCUCCCUCCUAGUCACUUCUCUCGUCGUUCUCUUCCUUCUCCCUCGAGCUUCUGGUCAGGGGGAGCACUCGCGAUCCUGGGAUCUGCCCUCUCAAGAAAAGGGAAACGAGAAGAAAAGAUAAUCAGACAGACGACAAAAUGCCGCGUCUAAUUUACCCCAUCAGCCAAAAUUGGCUAUUCAAACAGGCAGACAAGGAAGACGCCUCCUUCCUCCCCGUCGCCCAGUUCCCGACCAACGUCCACCUAGACCUCCUCCACCAUAAACUCAUCCCCGACCCCUUCAUCGGCAAAAACGAGCUCGACGUUCAAUGGAUUGGCGAAACUCGUUGGAUAUACAAGACCUCUUUUCCUACCCCCGUGUCUGCCCUGCUGCAUCUGUCAGAGGGGACCAAGUCCGUCUUGGCCUUUGACGGCCUCGACACCUUCGCCACUGUCGUCCUCAACGGCACCACCAUCCUCGAGACCGAGAACAUGUUCGUGCCAGAGCGCGUAGAUGUCACCUCUCUUCUUCGCACGGGAGAAGGAGCGGACGGGAACGAGAACGGGAACGAGAACGAGAACGACAACGACAACGACAACGACAACGACAACGACAACGACAACGACAACGAGAACGAGAACGAGAACGAGAACGAGAACGAGAUCCAGAACGUGCUCGAGAUCACAUUCGACAGCGCCUACCUCCGCGGGUGGGAGCUGGUCGAAAAAUACCCGAAUCACAAAUGGGGCUGUUGGAACGGCGACAAUUCGAGGCUCGCUGUGCGGAAAGCCCAGUAUCACUGGGGCUGGGAUUGGGGUCCAACCUUGUUGACCUGCGGCCCCUGGAGGCCUAUCAACCUCGAGGUAUACGAAUCACGUAUCGUAGACCUCUAUGCUCGCACCACCGUCGACGACUCCCUCAAGUCCGCAACCGUUGUCGCCCAUGCCGAGUUCGAGGGCGAGGCUUCCUGUGUCCUCUUCGAGCUGUGGUCCCUUGAUGGAUCCACCUCCACCCUGGUCGCCGCCGAGGCGGCCAACGUGACCAGUGCCGGCCCCGAUACAGCUGCCUCGGUCUCCGCCACCUUGAAUGUCGAAAACCCGGCGCUGUGGUACCCCAUCCGCUACGGCAAGCAGCCCCUCUACUCCCUCAAAGCGAUACUCGUGGACGACAGCAUCAGCGAGAUAGACACGGCGUCCAAGAGGAUAGGUAUCCGCAAGGCCGAACUCGUCCAGCGGCCCCUCGACGACCAACCCGGCACCUCCUUCUUCUUCCGCAUCAACAACAUCCCCGUCUUCUGCGGCGGCAGCGACUGGAUCCCCGCCGACAACUUCAUCCCCCGCAUCUCCCGCGACCGCUACCACGACUGGGUCCGCCUCCUGGCCGACGGCAACCAGCUCAUGAUCCGCGUCUGGGGCGGCGGUAUCUACGAGGAAGAGGCCUUCUACGACGCCUGCGACGAGCUCGGCAUCCUCGUCUGGCAGGAUUUUAUGUUCGGCUGUGGCAACUACCCGGCCUGGCCCGAGCUGCUCGACUCCAUCCGCCGCGAGGCCGAUGCCAACGUUCGCCUGCUCCGCCACCACCCGUCCCUCGUCAUCUGGGCCGGCAACAACGAAGACUACCAAUACGCCGAAAGCGAGAACCUCACCUGGAACGCGUCCGACAGUACCAACCCCGAGAACUGGCUCCGCACCGAUUUCCCCGCCCGCUACAUCUACGAGAAGCUCCUCGCCGACGCCUGCGCCUCCCUGGUCCCGGACGUGCCCUACCACCCGGGAAGCCCCUGGGGCGGCGCCGAUACCCGCGACCCAACCAUGGGCGAUAUCCACCAAUGGAACGUCUGGCACGGGACGCAGGAGAAGUACCAAAACUUCGACAAGCUAGGGGGUCGUUUCGUCUCCGAGUUCGGCAUGCAAGCCUUCCCCUCCGUCAAGACCAUCGACGCCUACCUGCCCCUGGGCCGGGACGACCCGGACCGGUACGCCCAGUCGUCGACCGUCGAUUUCCACAACAAGGCCGACGGCCACGAACGCCGCAUCGCCCUCUACCUCGUCGAAAACUUCCGCUACGGCCCGGAACCGCUCGAGCAGUUCGUCUACACCACCCAGCUCAUGCAGGCCGAGUGCCUGGCCUCGGCCUACCGCCUGUGGAAACGCCAGUGGAAAGGCCCGGGCCGCGAGUACUGCGCCGGCGCCCUCGUGUGGCAGCUCAACGACUGCUGGCCCGUCACCUCGUGGGCCGUCUGCGACUACUACCUGCGGCCCAAGCACGCCUACUACGCCGUCAAGCGCGAGAUGGCGCCCCUGUCUGUCGGCAUCACCCGCCGCCACCACGCCCACCCGCGGGACAAGUACACGCGCGUGCACAUCGACCGGUCCACCCGCGUCGAGGUGUGGGCGUCCAACCUGCAGCUCGAGCCGGUGCGGAGCGGAGUCGACUGCGUCCUGCGCGUGUGGGACGUCGAGACGGGGGAGCUCACGCACGACGUCGUCGUGGCCCGCGGGGUCGACGUCCCCGAAAACCGGUCCACCGAACUCGCGGCCCUGGACGUGCCCGUGCGCAACCCGGGCACGGGGGAGGAGGAUCGCGCCGUCGUGGCGGCUUACCUCGUCUCGUCGGCUGACGGGUCGCAGCUUGCGCGGUACGUCAACUGGCCUGAGCCGCUCAAGUACUUGCACCUCCAGGAGCCGAAGAAGCUGGUCGCGGAGCUGGCGCGCGACAACUCGGUCGUGCGUGUUAGCGCCGAGGUUCCCGUCAAGGGGUUGGCGUUGGAGUGCGACGACGACGGUGUCGUGUUUGGCGAUAAUCUGGUGGAUAUCGUCCCUGGGGAGGUGGUGGAGGUUCCCGUCAAGGGCGCCACCGAGGGGACCAAGAUCGAGACACGGUAUCUGGGUAUGACUUGAGGUGAGGGCGUUAGGGGUCUAGACAAGGGUAAGAGACGGUGGGAUGCAAAAGAGGCGGGACGCUGAGUCGUGUUUCGUAGCUCU